AUGGACUUAAAUGCUUAUUUACCCUUGUCUCUUCUGCAACUUGCUUUAACCAUUGUUUAUAUUGCUGGGGGAGUUUUUGCUGCUGGUUGCAUUGAGGUUUCAUGUUGGAUUCUUACUGGAGAAUGGCAGACUGCGGUCAUCAGAUCAAAAUAUGUCCAAGUAUUACUUAACCAAGAUAUGAGUUUUUUUGACACUUACGGAAAUAAUGGAGAUAUUGUGAGUCAAGUAUUGAGUGAUGUGCUGCUCAUUCAAUCUGCUCUCAGUGAAAAGGGUUGGUGAAAGAUUUACAUGCAGUGGAUCAACAUAGAUGGCAAUACUUACAGGAUGACAUUUAUCAAUGCAAUAUGUUUUCCUUUUUUAUUUCUAAUUAGCAACUUUAAUAUCAUGAAUUUGUCAUUUUUAUAACAUAGUUUGGAUACUUAUAUGUCUAGCUCUAUGAACAAUGAUACUUGAAAUAUAAUACAAACAUGAUGUUUAUAAUAACAUGAUAACAAUUACUGGUUGUUGACAUU